GCGCAGGCCCUCGGCCAGCGCGGCGGUGGCCAUGGCGAGGUCCCCGCGCGGCGGUGGCAGCAGCAGGCGCAGCAAGUCCUACUGGAUGUGCAGCUGCGGCGGAUGGAACUGGGAUUGGCGCACCUCGCGCCUGGGAUGCGGGCGUGCGGCCCCGCCCUGGGCCUUGGGGGCGCUCCCAGCCAAGGCGAGGCCCAGGGCGGACAAGGUCGGCUGGGUUGACCAGCCGCGUGGACGCCGUGCCCAGAGGCAGGCCCGCGGCGCGGCCUCGCGGGCAGUCCCCGCCAAGUCGCAGACCUCGGCGUCGGCGGCGAGUGGGGCUCCCAGCGGUGGAGGCGCCGCGGCGAUCGAGAGGCUCCAGGCGACAGUCGAGCAGCUCGAGGCGCUGCAGGCCGAGCCCCCUGACGGAGUGGACGGCUGCUUCGCCGACGUCGUGGCCAGGCAACUGGGGGCGAAGCCGUGCCGGGCUGGUCAAGGCACAGAAGGCAGCAGCGGAGCAGAAGGCCUCUUCCCUGCCGCAGGCGGCGCGGCUCCGCAGGGAGGCGAAUGCCAUCAGCAAGGGGAGAAGCGGCUCCGAGCAGCCCGCCUGGUGCUCGAGCAGAAGCAGGAGGCGCGCGACCUCGUCGAGGCCCAGCUCCAGAAGGCCCAGGAGGAUCUCGCGGAGCUCGACGCGGAGGUGCCAGGGCUCCUCCUGCAGCUGGAAGAGUUGCCUGAGGCGUGGGGCUCCAGCAACUUCGAGGUGGCCUGGGCAGCCAUUCAGGGCGAGGCCAAGCAGAGCGGCGCGGCGAGGCGCUGGGCGAGUGGCCUGCGCCUGCACGAGAGCGGCGCCGAGGGAGUCGUGAGCGACCCGGUAGGCCUCCGCAGCAUGGGCGUCCGCGACUCGCCCAGGGGCCAAGAGCGCGCUGCAGGGCCCAGCGGUGGCCUCGUCCUCCUGAACGCCGAGGUGAACGUGUUUGGGGCCAUCGAGUUCGGCACUGGCGAGUGGGGCGACCUCAGUGACCAAGCUGGUGUACAUGGCGACCCUGAAGCAACUUCAGUGCUGCAGCGGCGCCUCGCGAGCUCCCAGAAGCAGGAUGGCGGCGAGAGCUCAGCCUCCUGGAGAGCAUGGGCCAAGCAGGCCAGGCAGAAGGGCGGCAGGCUCGCCCGCAGUUGUACUAAGGCGGUGCCGCCCCUGCCAGUGGUGGACUCAGAGGCCAGCAGGCCCGUGGCAGGCAUGAUGUCAGUCGGAAUGCAGGAGGCCAACUGGCAGGCCCCUUUGCAGCAGGAGGGCAUCAGCCUGAAGAUGCUUCAGGUAGUUUGCAAGCGCCCGCCGGCAGCGGGCCUGGAAGCUGGCCAGCUUCCCACGCGGCUGCUGCUGCUUCCCCCCUCGGCCCUGCAGUUGCGCGGCCUGGUCCUCUUGGAGGCGCGCGAGGAGCAGCCCCAGGCCCUCGGGGCCGCAGCAGGUGAGCGCCGUGCCUCGCCUGUCUACGCGGUGGUGCGGACCCUGGGGAUCGGCGACUGGCACCUGGAGUCCGGGCGGUGCGUGGCCAUGGACCUCUGCGACGCGCUCAACCCCAGGUUCCUCGAGCUGCGGGUGAUGGGCGCGGGGGCGAGCGCGCCCGCUCAGCAGCAGGACAGCCGCUCGACUGGGAGCAGUGCGGCCGCCCUCUCGGCCGCCGCGUUAGCCUUCAGCGUCCUGGGGCACGUGCCCAGCUAUGCCUGCGCGGGCGAAGGAGGUAAGUCGCGCCUGAAGGUGCAGUGCCCAGGGCCCAGCUACCUGACCAACAAGUCGGGCAGGAACCAGCGCAGCCUGUGGGAGCGUGGGCUACGCCCUGGUGGCAGACCUCGAGCGGACAAGCAGAGAGUUAGAGCUGAGGGCAUCCCUGCUCUGCGUUUGCAAGGGCCAGUGCCAGGACACGCCCAGGAGCGCUACCUGGAGUGGACAGGCAUGGAGGCGGAGCCCGCGGGCGGAGCCUCGGCCGCGGCCGGCAGUUCGGACAGCGGCCCAGCGGCGCACGCGGCUGCGCAGGAAGUGGAGGCGGCGGCAGCCAGCCUGCCCCAGCAGCAGCCAGGGCCGAGCGCGGGCGCCCUCGGAGCUGGUGAGGCAGCCGAGGAGGAGCUCGCAGCCGCGGGAGCCGCACCCAGCGGCGGCCUGGUGAGCCGCAGGGUCCGCCGCCGCCUGGCGCGCCGCGGCUCGGAAUACCUGGAGUUCUACCUGGAAGGGCUCAGCGGUGAGGAGGAGCCUACAG